CUGAAUAAAAUUCAUGAAACCAAAAUUAGUCAUCUACACACACAUCGAGAAGACCAGACGAAAUGCAUCCUGACGAAACCCAGACGAAUGUUAUGGAAAACGUUCGGAGGCGAUCCGGGCUGUCGCCAAGACAGAGGUAGUGGCGCGCUCUCGUCCCCAGCCACUCUCACUACCGAUCCUCCGCCAUCACAACAAUAAUGUAGCCCGUCCCAAGCCCUUCUCGGGCCCCACAUGCCGCAGCUCUCGUCCCCAGACGUUCUGACAACCAACUACAAGUUCAAGAAUGGGAUUGUCCAGCAAUAAACAAUGUACUAAUAAUCACUGAAGAAAGCUCGAGAACAACUCUUUACACUUAAAAAUAUAUUCAUUACAAGAUGAGCCAGGUGCAGAACCAAUACCAGCAUGACCUGAAGUGGGUAAUACUUAACUCGUUUUAAUAGCAAGUGGCACCUCACUGCACCAACAAGGCAGCAGCAGCACGACUCAACCUGCCAGAUCAGACGUAGGAGUGAAUAGCUGCUACUCGUACAGCUGUUGCGAGCACUAUCCACUAUACUAUUUUAUUGUAUCACUGAGUGCAGAAAAAUAGGUGGCUUGUAGUUUGAAAACGACAUAGUGAAGUAUAGAAAAGCUAUGUGGCGUGCAAUAAAUCAACCUAUCAAAAUGCCGUACGACACCUGUGGUUUUAGUGGCGCGAGGUUCGAUGAAGCAACGGAACUGCGCUGCCAGACUAAUACAAGACGCAACGGGAGUGGUCUUGGUGAAUCCUCUGACUGACAUAAACACGCUUCGAACAACACCGAGCAUACCAGACCAGUAGUUCCUGAGCCAACAAACUAUUUGUGCUACCUUGGAGAAUCUUAGAAUCAUUUGCUGAAGUCCAGGUUAUGCAAGCCCUCUCAUAGCCAUGAAGGAGGGUCCAAGGGAGAAGAUUGUAUGGCUGCCAUGUAUAAGAAAAGGCACUGGAAAGCCUGAUUAUUUGGCAACAGUUGAUGUUGAUCCACAAUCACAAAGCUACUGCAAGGUGGUUCACCGUUUGUAUCUUCCUUACUUGGAUGAUGAGAUUCAUCACACUGGCUGGAAUACUUGUUCAUCUUGUUAUGAUGAUCCCACAAAGAUCCGCAAUAGACUUGUCAUGCCAGCACUGGGUUCCUCAAGGGUAUACAUCAUUGACAUCUCUUCUGAACGGAAUCCCAAACUCUUCAAGAUAAUAGAACCUGAGAUUUUAAAGUCUAAUGGAGUUAGUCAUCCCCAUACCACACACUGCCUUCCCAAUGGCCAAGUAAUGUUAUCGACACUGGGAGAUGCACAAGGCAAAGCUAAAGGGUCCUUCAUCACCUUUGACUCAUAUACCUUUGAGCACACAGGUCCCUGGACUAGUAUGGACUCCGAGUUUGGUUAUGAUUAUUGGUAUCAGCCAACACAUGAUGUCUUGAUAUCCAGUGAAUGGGGAUGCCCUACUGCAUUUGGUAAAGGCUUUGAUCCAAAAGACAUCACAGCUGGAAAAUAUGGCACUCACAUCAAUGUGUAUUCCUGGUCUGAACGGCGGCUACUCCAGCGUAUCAACCUUGGCUUGGAGGGUAUUAUGCCACUGGAAAUCCGUUUUUUGCACGAUCCGCUUGCCACAGAGGGAUUUGUUGGCUGUGCACUUUAUGCCAAUAUUUUCAGAUUUUUCAGGAAGCCUGAUGGGACUUAUGAAGCACAUAAAGUUAUUAGUGUACCUCCUAAGAAGGUAGAGGGCUGGGCCCUUCCAGAGAUGCCUGGUAUUAUUACAGACAUUAUCAUAUCACUGGAUGACCGGUUUUUGUACUUCAGCAAUUGGGCUCAUGGAGAUAUUCGCCAAUAUGAUAUUACUGACCCAAAACACCCUAAGUUAACAGGACAAAUUUUCCUUGGAGGAUCUAUUGUAAAGGGUGGUGGGGUAAAAGUAAUUCAUGAUGUUGAAAUGAAAGAGCAGCCUGAUCCUGUGUACAUAAAGGGAAAGCGUAUUGAAGGAAGUCCUCAGAUGUUGCAGCUUUCACUUGAUGGAAAACGUCUGUAUGUCACAGAUUCGCUGUUCUCUCCGUGGGACAAACAAUUUUAUCCACAAAUUGUUCAAAAGGGAUCAGUAAUGCUGCAGAUUGAUGUUGACACUGUCAAUGGUGGUCUUGCUCUGAAUCCUAAUUUCUUGGUAGACUUUGGAAAAGAACCAGAAGGUCCUGCCCUAGCUCAUGAAAUCAGAUACCCAGGUGGUGAUUGCACAUCAGACAUCUGGCUGCCUCCAGGAUCUAAAGAAUGUGUUCACAAGAAAGGUAUAGAAUGCAAAUCAUCCUUGGUUUAUGUGGCACAUAUGAUACACUUCAUAUUACUAUAGCAUGAAAAAAUAUCUGUAUCUGCAACUGAAACUCUGGAUGUGGAGGUAAAGAUAUGCCCCAUUUCUGGAUUUUGUGAGAAAUGCAUAUCUGGGCAUCACCUCUGGAUAUAAUCAGAAAUACUUGUCUGGCUCUUCCUCAGCAUUUAAUGAGAAAUGCAUGUCCAGCUUUGUCUCCAUAUCUGAAGAACUUUUAAUAUCUGAUACAUUUGUGAUGAAUACAUAGCACUUUUUUUUAUACAUUAAUACAUAUAUACAGUGAAGACUCAAUACUCAAACUUAAUUAGUUCCGAAUGGCUGUUCAAGUAUCAAAAAGUUUGACUAUUAAUACCUAUAAAUCAGGUAAUUUGUUCCAAUCUUAAGGUGCGUCCACAUGAUCGAACAAUGUUCGACAGACAAAAUCGUUACCAUAUCACAGGAGAAGCAGGAUGACGUCAUAAGCGGUGAAACGAUGGAAGUGGAUCUGGCAACAAGCAGUGGUACCAGAUGAGAUUGUUUACCGCCAUUUCAACUCUACUCACAGGGCAAAGACUGGUGGACAAUGUUCGAAGGUGAUGUCCGUUGGUAACUCGGGCAUUUAAGUCAGUGUGUGGCCUUGGAUGACUGGUGCAGUACAUCACUACCAUGGUACACAAGAAAAAAAAACAAGGCCAAAAAAAUUGCACUAUGCAGCCUGAGCCUUUCCGCUUUCCACUGUUAAUUAGUAACAAUUUUGUCCGUAGAACAUUGUUCGAUCGUGUGGACGCACCUUUAUCAAAACCUCAAGUUUAUAAAAAAAAUGUAAUUUUUUACAAUUUUGUUUUGUACAUACCAUAAGUGAAGGCUGGUGAUGGAUAACUUAGAAGAGGGGAGAAGGCUGGGGAGGAGGAGGGAGGUCACCGGAGGAUGAGUCACCAUCCAUGAAAACGUCUUAAGUAACUUUUCUCCUGGUGUGAUUCCUGUGAAUCCACUAAUUGAGUGCUGUGGCUCACAAACACUUGCACUCUCACCAGAUUCCUUAUUUUCAUCACUACUAAGGCUCUCUGGUGUCAUCUGAUGUUUCUAAAUGAAAAACUACCAACAGAACGCAGACGAAUGUUGUUUAUCUCAAGACUGCGGUAGGAUUAGUGAUGCACACCACCAUUUGGUAUACCGGUAUUACGGUAAUACCGAUAUUCCGUUAUUACGAUAAUACCAGUAUUACCAGUAAUUCAGCAUCUAAAUGGUACAGUGGCAGCUGCCAGAAGGGAGAUGACAGAACUUUGUAUACAACCAAAUUUCCGGCCAUUUGAUUACCAGAUAUUUUCACCACUAAUAAGCCUUUGGUGUUAAUGUACAUUAUGUUUAUAAAUGAAAAACUACAGAUAGAAUGCAGGAGAAUGUUAUUUUGAUGACCGCAGCAGCACAAGUCACAACUGGCGGAGGGGGAAUGGGGACGCCAGGGAGCCUUUGUUUACAACCACAGGUGUGGACGUUUGACUAUUAGGUAUUUUUUCGAGAAUUAAAUCGAACUUUUGCGUUCGAGUAUUUAGGUAUUCGAGUAUUGAGUCUCCACUCCAUAUAUAUAUAUAUAUAUAUAUAUAUAUAUAUAUAUAUAUAUAUAUAUAUAUAUAUAUAUAUAUAUAUAUAUAUAUACACACACACACACACACACACACACAAAGAUUUCUAAAUUUAUGAGGAAUAUGUUCCUUAAGGGAUCGCAUAAUGUGAAAAUCGCAUAAAGUGAACAUGAUUAUCGAACUAAACUGUACACUAUUAGGAAUAGGAAUCAUUGUAAGAGUGACUGGGCAUGCAUCCUACAGUCCUUGCAGCAUGUAUCCUGUAUCAAACACUUUUGUGCAUCUCUCAACUGGAAUAAACAAAGGAUCAUCACUGCUAUAGUAAUCGCAUCUAACUGACAGCAAGACAGCAGCACAUGCUGAUAUUGCUGUAGACAUUUAUCAUGUAUCACUAGUUGUCCUGAAGGUGAAGCACCUCUCUGCUGCGAUCAGCAGUGAUGAUAAUAUGACAGCCCAAAUAAACAUGUCAUGGAAUCUUGUGAUUACCAAGAUUUGCCAUACAUACAAAGCACCUUAACAUCAUGUUAUUCCUAAAUAAUUUGUGUAAUAUGAAUAAAAAUAAGUUUUUUUGU